AUGUCACAUACAGUAGGCAGCCGCCCAUCCCAGACCACCGCAGCCCGGCUGCUAGCCGACACCCUAUACGAGUUAACGCGCGGGACGACACUGACCAACCAAGCCCACAACGAGCUCGGGUCACUUCUCGCCGCAUUGACCGCGACCGAGACGUAUCUCUCCUCACUAGAUGCAGGCUGCGUGCAUCUCGCAGUCUUGAAUAAAAGAGUGCGGAGUUGUCAUGGCGUCCUGCUGGAAUUGCAAACGCUGCAGUCGCAGCCCGAUAUGGUUGGAGCUCAGAGUCAGGUAUCUGAGAUAAGAGCGCGGCUUUCGUCGGUGACUUCUGCGCUUGAUGAGGUCAAUGCGAAUUUGAUGAUAUCGUGUCAGAGGGAGAUUGAGCGUGCGGUGAGCUGUCUUGCCGAUGAUAUUGUUGCUGGAAAGCAAGAAAUUUCGCUUGUGACUGAUGUCUUGAAUUGCUCAACUUCUGAGAAAGAGGAAGCUUGGACACGACUGCAGAAGGCACUGGCUGCUGCCGGUAUUGCUCCGCAAUUGUCAAGUGAGAACCAUAGUCUCAUUAUGUCGACUUUGCAGAAGUUCAACGAGGUAGAUGCGCUGUCCAUCGCCGAGGAGCAAACAGCACCAACCGAUAGGGUCUCGGCUAUGGAACCGACGCCAGUGCAAUCGAAGCCUCGGGAGAACCUGGACGACGAGGACUGGUUAGCAGAUGAACCCAUUGGCCUUCCAUUCCUCCCACUUCCACCCAAAGGUCUUUCGUUUUCAGAUAGACCACGUUCAUACCAAGAACUUCCACCAAAAAGCGUUUCAUCCUCAAUUAGACCACGUUCAUACCCAGAACAGGUCCAGCCCUAUCCCGAGAAAGAGGCACUUCUGGAAGGGAACCUCCCAAUCCCCAUUCCAACAGAGAUCAAAGACUCUACCGACACCAAAGAGAGCUUCCCAAUACCCCUUAUGAUUGAAAUCCAAGAUUCAACCGAUACCCAAAAACAAGCCCUACCCACCCAACCAUCAGAGAACUUCCCAAUCCCAGUCCUCACCGAACAGCAGGAAGAAUACCGCGACGCCAACCUCCCAAUCCCCAUAUCCUUACCCCCAUCUCCAUCACCAUCUCCAAUCCCCCCAAAACCAGACCUAACCCCCUUCAAAGUGCCCCCAACCCCCAAACAACCCCACCGCCUAACCCGCCUCCUCUGGGACCUCACCAACUCAAAGGAACCCUUCAUAACCUCCAUAAUAACCGGCAACCACCCGCAAGUGCAAUCCCACCUCCUCAAAGGCGCCUCCCCAAACACCCAAAACACAACCUCCCAAACCCCCCUAAUGGCCGCCGUCUCCUUCAACCACGAAUCCAUAACCCGUCUCCUCCUCGCCCACGGCGCAGACCCAAACACCCAAUCCCUCUCCGGCGAAACAGCCCUCAGCGCCGCCGCCAGCCGCGGCUACGACCGUCUCGUCCGCACCCUCCUCGCUUCCGGCGCGGACCCUAACGCGGGACAGAAUACAGGCAAGACGGCACUGGCACUGGCGGCUGCGUACGGACAGGACCGGAUCGUGGAGCUUUUGCUGGGGUGCGGGGCGGACGUGGAUGCGGUUGGUGGGAAGGGGGAGACGGCUAUGGGGCUGGAGUGGAUGUUAGGGGGGUUGGGGAGGGCGCAGACGCCGUUGUGGAAGGCGGUUAUGGUGGGGGAGAUUGGGAUGGUUAGGCUUCUUUUGGUUUGGGGGGCGGAUCCGUUUGUCAAGGUUGGGAGGGAGUCGGUUAUGGAGUAUGCGAGGAGGUUGAGGAGGGGGGAGGUUGUUAAGCUUUUUGCGGAGUUUGGGUUUUAUCCUCUAGGGAGGUUUCAGUAUUGUUGA